CCUGUUCCGUGUUAUCUUUAUUUUAUUUUGUGUUUAUCAGAGUAUUUAACCCUCAAAAAUUAGCAUAAACUUACAUUAAAUACUAUUUAUCCAAUCCACUGAUGAAAGUCCUAAUAUUAUUACCGGCUUUUAACUGCUCUUAAACAUUUCGUAAAUUCGUGUUGUUCCAAAUAUGUUUAUCAACAAAAUAUGUUCAACGUUUAUCAGUGAUACCUACUUAUGAGUGACAAUUUGUAGCAGUGAGUGUGCGGCGUCCUCAGAAGAGAUGGACCGGUCUGGGGGUUAUGCCUCGGAGGUGGAGAAGGUCCUUUUUCCAUCCGAGCUUCACCUCAUGCGGCUCGUCGUGUGCGGGUUGCGCGCGGCGGCGCGUGCGGCGAGCGCGUCGCGGCAGACGCGAGGGUCGCUGGAGGCGGCGGCGUGCCGCGUCAUCGCGAGGCAGGCGGGGAUGAAACACGAGGAUGUUCAUGGCUUGUGGUGCACUUUUCGAGCUAUGUCACUGCGUAAACUGCGCGCACAUCUAGCGCGCGGCGACGUGCCAGCGACUAAUGAGCGAUUGACUACUCUUGAGUGGGCCGUUGUAGAUCUGCUAAUGCUGUACGACACGCCGCUUCUUAGUGUGGCAAGCUUCCAUCAGCGCGCGCAGCUGGCGGCCCUGGAGCGCACCUUCGAGCUGGUGCAGCGGUUCCAGCUGGAGCCGGAACAUGGCGGGGCCGAGUCUCCUGAACAGUGGAGCCGCGCGGCGGACUGCUACUGCAACAAUGGCGUAGUGUUGUCGGCGGUGGCGCUGCAGCGGCGCUGGUACGAGCUGAAGCUGGACACGCGGCAACGCGUAUGUGCCCCCAACGUCCCGGGCACCCCUCGCCCGCUCUUGGUGCCGAUACACGAGGCCGUCGCGAACAGGUACCCUCACGUGGUGAAUUCCAGAGAGUUGUUGACAUGGCGUGAGCUGGUGGCCGCGGGGAGGGUCGGCGAACCUACCAGCGAGCGCGGGCCGGCGCCGGGCGCGCCUCGUGUGGACGCGGCGGUCAAGGUGCGCACACACGAUGCGGAAAAAAGUGUAGAGAUUAUUGAUUUACUGGACGACGAGGAUGACGAAAAAAAUUUACUGAACGACGAGGAAGACGAAAAAAGUGCUCACAAUGAGGCACCAGGCAGCACUUCCAAUAUUACUCCGGUUACUACUGCUGAUAACGAACUUAAUGGUUCAGAGAAUAGUCAAAGAAAAAGUAGUAGAAAUAUAAACCAAAACAAGAAUACCUCUAGAUAUAAAGGCUUUGGUAAAAAUAUAGAUAUAAAAAUUAAACCGGAAAUAAUAGAAAUAGAUGACGAUGCUCCGAGUCCGAAGGAAAACAUUGUAGAAGUAAUGCAAGAUAUAGACUUAAAUAAUGUAGAUGCAUCGAUAGUCUAUGUAAGUGACGAGGAAGACGUUAAAAACAUCAUUGACGUUCAAAUGGGUAACGUUGAUAAAACGGUAGAGACGGCUACAGUUGUGAAUGAAAAGAAUGAAAACUCUAAUAUUAGUAAUUCCAUUUUACACCAGGAAGUGAAAGUUGAAAGCAAUUGGAACGAUUGCCAAAAUAUCUCAAACAUCAGUGAUGAAGAUAAAAAAAAUGAUAUUGCAGAACAUAGCCUUGUAAAAAUAGACGAAAUAUGUGAUAGCGACGAAAAAUACGUUAAAUGUUCUUCUCCUGAUUUGAAUAAUCAAAUAGAAAAACUUUGGCGCAUCAAAGAAGGUAGUGAAAAUGUUAAUAUUAAAAGUGAAAUAGUAAACAAUGCAAUUGUAUGCAAUAACCUUGACAAAGUAGCAGAGCAAUUGAAAGACGAAAUACUUAAUAAAUAUUGCGUUGUGCCAUCAGCACAAAAUGAAGACACAAGCGUUAGCGACACAAGUGAAGAGUCAAGUGGUUUUGACCCCAAGCUACUUAUGUGCCCGGUAAUACUAUUAAGAAGAAUAGAUGACCCAAGAUCUAUAGACAAACCACCAUUACCAAUCCAUAGACAAUCAAACACCCAAAAAUCUAAUAAAACUUCAUACAGCAGAUUAUUUUAUGAGAAAAAGAAAGAAAUAACAAAUGCUACUCGACCUUCUUACAGUAGAUUACAUUAUGAGAAAAAUAAAGCUAGAUUGCUCUAUGAAAAAAAUAUACCUAGAUCGUUCUAUGAGAUAAACAAAGCACUGUUAAGGCAAUGCAAGCCCUGUAUGGUGUAUUUGAGAAGAGUGGACGAGGAGGGCAGAAACGUCCGUAUGUUCCCCCUGGAAGGAAGGAAGAGAGUGCGACUCCCGGACAUGGAGAAAGUGAAAAGGAAUAAUCGUGGUAUACUGACGGCGGAGGUCGCGCCGCUGCUGCCUAUGCAAAGUUCCGCCAUGGUGAAGCGAGUGCGACCCGAUCCAACCUACAGCGAUCAAUCUGCGAUCUCAUCAUCGACUUUACUAGCUUCUGGUCUAAAUCCUUUACAGAACACGUUCCGACCUUCGGUCCUGCCGCCAUGGACACAAAUUCUAAGCCAACCAGACACACAACCAGACAGAGACAGACAAGACCCAGAUCCAUCUUCCUUAUUGGAAAAAUUGCUUGUUGGCAACCCUUCUUAUCAGAAUUCAUCAGUAAUUGACCCAGCAUUACAACAAAACUAUUUCAUAUAUCCUCCAACUCAGUUUAACUUGCUGCAUUCCCAAAACGGCUCUUUACUUCAAAAUCAAAGUUCUCAGAGUCAAUUACAGAAUUUAAAUGUUCCUAUGCAAGGUUUCAUGUCGAAUCCAAUGUUACAAGCGACUAAUACAAACUGGCCACACGGUCUACAACAAAAUAUAACAAAUAACUGGCCUCAAAAUGUAUUUACAAACAUGUGCCCGUCUGUGCUUCAGACACUAGAAGCAAAAACGACAGCAACGGGAAUUAUACCAACACCGAACAUAUCAUCACAAAAUAUAGCUAUGCCAAAUAUAUCAACACAGAAUUUAAAGAUGCAAAAUAUAUCCACACAGAAUAUGUUAACGCAAAAUAUACCGGCACAAAAUAUGACAAUGCAAAAUGUAUCAAUGCAGAAUAUAGCAACGGAAAAUAUGGCAACACAGAAUAUAGCUGCGCACAAUAUAGCAACACAAAUUCAAACAUCAGAAACACAGAAUGUAGUUACAGCAGAUGAAGUAGAAACAGCGAUAGCACAACGGAAUAUAUUAACUCCGAAUACAGCAAUGCAAAAUAUGUCAACACAGAAUAUGUCAACGCAAAAUAUACCAACACAAAAUAUAGCAACGCAAAACAUAUCAUCACAGAAUAUACCAAUACUAAAUAUAUCGACACAGAAUGUAACUGCGCAAAAUAUAUUAACUCAGAAUAUGGCAACGCAGAAUAUAGGACCGCAAAAUCAAACUCCAGAAACUCAGAAUGUAACUACAGUAGAUGAAUUAGCAACAGGGAAUAUAUUACCUCAGAAUACAGCAAUGCAAAAUAUAUCAACGCAAAACAUAACAUCACAGAAUAUAGCGACACCAAAUACAUCAACACAGAAUAUUGCAAUGCAAAAUAUACUGACACAAAAUAUGGCAACACCAAAUAUUUCAACACAGAAUAUAACAAUGCAAAAUAUAUCAACGAAAAAUACAACAACACCAAGUAUAUCUACACAAAAUAUUGCAAUGCAAAAUAUACCAACGCAGAUUAUAGAAACACCAAAAAUUUUGAUACCAAACUGGGGAUUGGCCAACAUGGCUGGCGUAAUACCUUUGACACAAACAAGUGUUAAUCAGCCGAGUCUAACGAUUGACGGAACUUUACUCGCUCAAAGUUUUCAAGGCAUCAUUCUAAAACAAGAAGAACCGUUAAACCAAUUUAUAACUGGUUCACAACCUAAUCCAUUUAUAGUGAACCCUUCUUGCGUUUAUACAGCGCCUACACCGAUGCUUAUGAGCCCACAAUCUGCGUUUGUUACCAACCACGCCAUGCUAUGUGGGUCGGUAUUGCAAAUCAUGCAACCUACCCCUGAUGGUUCUACUAGUAUGACUCAGCCAAAUCCGGUUGAAGAUUCUACCAAUACUAAAAUACUGCAACAAAACUUACAAAACCCAAUCGAAGGUACUUCCGACACCAGCGUUAAAAUGGAGGUGGAUGCAGAAACUAGUGGUUCAAGUGAUGGUGUUUUGAAAACCACCGAACAAGUUAAUUUGCUUCAGGUGGUGCCUGUACAUAAUCUUUUUGAAAUGGUACCGAGAAAAUACACGUACUCAUCGACGGAUAAUAAGAAUUUUUCAUACAAAAGUUCAGACAUCCUUGACUGGGAUUUGUUUCCGCUCUCCCCGUCUUAUUUAAUAAAAGAGCGCAAGAUGGAGUUCAAGCACGUUCUGUGCACGGGCCCCGGCCAGGGCUGGAGGCUGAAGGGCCACCUGGUGGUCAGCAACCAACAGAAGCCGCCGCCGGUGGCUGCUAUGUGGUCAUUGAGGCCUAGGGUCCGACUGCAACUGCCGACAGCCGAAGAGGACUGCAAGGAUGCCAAGGCGGCCCCGAACGUGCUGUUCCGAGACAGACUCUACCAAAAGCUUUUCGACUAUCCGCUUACAUACGCUCUGAUGCUGGUGGCGGUGGAGUCCGCGGCUGCGUGUACACGGCUGCUGUCCGGGGGCGCCGCACUGCAGCUGUACUGCCUACAAACUGGAAUCUUGCACGCGAUACAAGCACAGCGUCUAGACAACGGCUCCUUCAUCCUCUCCGGCGACGCCGACGUGGAGUCCCCGCUCGCGGAGCUCACCCGCCGCCUGCACCCCCCCGCGCGCCCCUCCCCCGCCGCGCCCCCCUCCGCCGCCGCGCCCCCCGCACCGCCGCCGGAGCCGCCCGCGCCGCUACUGAGCGCGCUCGUCGCCGCCGCGCGCAGACCGUUGCCCGGGCAACAAGCGCCCGACGCGGCGCCCCCCUCCCCCGCCCCCGCCGCCGCGCCCCCCGCACCGCCGCCGGAGCCGCCCGCGCCGCUACUGAGCGCGCUCGUCGCCGCCGCGCGCAGACCGUUGCCCGGGCAACAAGCGCCCGACGCGGCGCCCCCCUCCCCCGCCCCCGCCGCCGCGCCCCCCGCACCGCCGCCGGAGCCGCCCGCGCCGCUACUGAGCGCGCUCGUCGCCGCCGCGCGCAGACCGUUGCCCGGGCAACAAGCGCCCGACGCGGCGCCCCCCUCCCCCGCCCCCGCCGCCGCGCCCCCCGCACCGCCGCCGGAGCCGCCCGCGCCGCUACUGAGCGCGCUCGUCUCCGCCGCGCGCAGACCGUUGCCCGGGCAACAAGCGCCCGACGCGGCGGCGACGGCGCCGAUGUUGAGCGCAUUGAUUUCCGCAGCGAGGAAGCCUCCCGUCCCGAAAUCUGCGUUUGAACCGGUCUUAUCUUCGCCACUAUCGGGCGCGUCUGAAUCUGAUGUACCGUCUACGUCUGCGUCGUUUGAAGAAUCCCCGCCCCUGUCGGUGUCCCCGCGUCCUCCGGUGUCCCCCGCCCCGAGCCCCGCCGCGUCGCUACCGUCGGCGCCUUCUGAAGGGUCAUCUCCGCGACCCGUUUUAUCAUCUCCGCCCGCGCCGACUGCGCCGGAACCGACGCCGGAAACGUCGGGAGCGUCCCCGUCGUCCGCUUCGGUCCCGACCGGUUGGACUGCUCGAGUACGACCCCCGCGGACCGAACAAAAACCGUCCCCGGCGAGACGGCCGAAAUUGAAAUCGAUAAAACGAGGAACGCCGGCGACCGCUUCGGUGGCAUCCGCGUGUCGCUCGCGGGCGGAACCAAAACGCGCGCGGAGACGACCGAAGUCGAAACCGCCGGCGCCGAGGAAACGAGUGAUAACGGUGACCGCUCUAGUGGCAUCCGCGUCGUCUUCCCUAUCGAGCGAGUCGACCGCUCGAACACCGCCCGCGAGUGACACGCGGGCGGAGCAAAAACGCGCGCGGAGACGACCCAGAUUGAAACGAGUGACGACGGUGACCGAUCUAGUGACAUCCGCACCGUCUUCGGUACGAGCAGAGUCGACUGGUCGAAUACCACCCGCGAGUGACGCGCAGGCGGAGCCGAAACCCGCGCGGAGACGACCGAGGUUGAAAUCACCGGCGCCGAGGAAACAGGAAACAUGCACAAAACAAGAGAAUACGCAAUACGACUGGGACAUGUUGUCGGAAGCGGAGUUCGUAGCCAACUACCGGCUGCCCAAGCACCGCGUGCAAGCGCUGGCCAGCGAGUUAGGAUCACUCAUACAGAACCAUUGCAUUACGAAAAUCCUGUCCUGCCUGCGGUACUUGGCGACGGACACUGCGCGCCCCCUAGCGGGCGCCUCGCAAGUUAUUGACGCGCUCAACCAUCAUACUUGCAUCAACAAGUACAUCACGUUCCCGCUGCAGGCGGCGGCGCGAGACAGGGUCACUGACAGGUUCAAACAACUAUACAAGCUUCCUAACGUACUGGGCGUGGUCGACGGGGUGCAAAUAGCACUACACGACUUGUCUCCGGCCCAUGAGGAUGUCUUCCUCAACCGAGCCGGCUUCCACUCGCUCAACGUGCAACUUAUCUGCGACGCCGACCUGAACAUAUUAAGCGUGGACAACAGCCAGGGUGGCUGUGUGCAUGACUGCGCCGUCUGGGCAGCACAUCCGCUGCACCUGCAGUUGCAGCGGCUGCAUAAACAAGGAGAACGCGUUUACUUGCUAGGUGAUUCCGGCUACCUCCAGCGCGUAACCCUCAUGACCCGCUUCCCCACCCCCUCCAACCCCUACGAAACCCUCUACAACUUCUUCCAUUUCCGCGCCUGGAGCUCCAUCAAACAAUGUAUCCACAUGCUCCGACGACGAUGGAGAAGACUCACUAUAUCACUACCAGAAAAUAAAGCGAGAAAAAUCAUCAACGCUUGCGCAGUGUUACAUAAUAUGGCGCAGCAAUGUUGUGCUCCGGUACUUCUACCGGAUGUACGUUUAAAGGAACAGAAAAGGAAAGAUGCAUUGUUAGAGGAGCAGCAAGAGAGCGCGGUGGCGAGUUUGGUGACGGCGCCAGACAGAGAGAGACUGCUAAGGGAGUGGAAGAAAGGUGUUGCUGCUAGGAAUCUUCUCGUGGAAUCGAUAAAGAGCACCAUCGAAUCUGGUGUUACGAGUAGAUAACUUUAUCUGUUUCGCCUAAUUUUUGAAUUAUAGGUAAGGAUUGGGACCGAAAAUACUUCCCUGUGGCAUUCCAAAGCAGAUGUUAUCUGCUACCCAUUGCUUUCUAAAUUUUUACCAUUUUUUUGUCUAUUUCUAUAAGAGUUAAAAACUUGUACGAUUACAGAAGAUGAGAAUCGAAAUCUAGACAAAAUCGAAGGCCUUAUAGCUGGAGACUACAAAUAGAAAUGGUAAAAAACUAUCGGAAAAGAAAGCGAGUCAUGUAUUACAUAACAUAUGCAAUGAUCCGCGUUAUCGGCUAUAUCAGUGUGGGGAUUACUGCAAGAUGCUUUUGUUUAUUUACCUUUAUAGUAUAUAAAGACAUUUUGAUUUUAUUUUUGAUCCGAUAUCAUAAAUUUAGAAUUGAUACUCAAAAUUUGCUGAAAUCUUCUCCUUAAUUUUAGUAAAUGUGUUUUUUUACUAACGUUGUUAUACAAAUUGCGUAUCAGUUAAAACAUUUUUUUAUUGUUCUAUCGUUUUCGAGAUCUUUAUAUUACCUUGUAAAUAAAACCAGUAGUUAAGGCCGUUCCAUCGGUUUGCCGCUGUCUCUGUCACAUUUCGCAAGAAAGAACGGGAAAGAUCAUGCGCGCCAAGUGUCAAUUUUAAUCAAAUUUUGUCGAUUUUUAUUUAUUUUAAAAACGUUACCCUACAAUAUCGAAAUUCGAAAGCUAUGAAAUUAUUAUUUAAGUUAAGAUUGUUUUUUUUUUUCUUUUUUGUUUAUAGUAUCACAUAAUAAAUAACCGAGUAAAGUUGGAUUAAAACUCCGAGUUAGAGGUUACUUUGGGAAUUAAUUGUAUCGAGCGAAGUGUCAUAAUUCGUGUAUCGGAAGCUAUGAUAUUAAAGAAAAUUUAGUCAAGAACUACAUAUAUUUUUUCCACGUCUACGAAUAUCAACGCCUCUUAGAAAAACAGGAUCAUAUAAGGAGAAUUUUCGCCUUCUGGCUCAGGGAACCGCCUUAAUUUUAUU